AUAGAGAAGUUUCUUACUUGCGCCGGUCAGUGUUUGCCGAAUUAAAAGUUAUUCCAACAUUAACACAUUCCGGGAAUGAAAGACUGCCCAGCCUUCCACCGUUAUUGCCAAAUGCUCUUUCCUCCCCCCCGCCCCAAAUUUUCUACUGUAUGCUUCCUUCAGAAGAAAAACAAAAUGAGAAAACGCUUUCUUCACUUCUGUAGACUGCACUCAGAAAUGACAUCACGAACCCCAAAGAGCCCCGGGAUGACUAAGGCAGAGAGAGCCUGAGAAAACUCCUCACUGCUUCUUUUAGUUUUAGGGCACAUUUAUGCAGAAGAGCUUAUAAGUGACGGUUCCCCCGCCCUCUUCCUCAGAGGAAGUUUCUUGGUAGAUCACUGACACCUCAUCCCGGCAGGAGGGGUGAAAACUUGACACCAGCCACCUCAGGCAGAGCACCACGGUGAUUUGUUCUCCUGGCGGAGAGCUGGAAGGAAGGAGUCUGCGGCGCAAAUAAUGAAGGAGCACUGUGGCACCUUCAGUAACGCCGUGAUCAGCGGAGUCAGCGGUGACUCGGCUAUGGACAGUCUGCAGCCGCUCCAGCCUAACUACAUGUCUGUGUGUUUGUUUGCAGAAGAAUCUUAUCAAAAAUUAGCAAUGGAAACGCUGGAGGAAUUAGACUGGUGUCUAGAUCAGCUAGAGACCAUACAGACCUACCGCUCUGUCAGUGAGAUGGCUUCUAACAAGUUUAAAAGAAUGCUGAACCGGGAGCUGACACACCUGUCAGAGAUGAGCCGAUCAGGGAACCAGGUGUCUGAAUACAUUUCAAACACUUUCUUAGACAAGCAGAACGAUGUGGAAAUUCCAUCUCCCACCCAGAAAGACAGGGAGAAAAAGAAAAAGCAGCAGCUCAUGACCCAGAUAAGUGGAGUGAAAAAACUGAUGCACAGUUCAAGCUUAAACAAUACGAGCAUCUCACGCUUUGGAGUUAGCACGGAAAAUGAAGACCAUCUGGCCAAGGAGCUGGAGGACCUGAACAAAUGGGGCCUUAACAUCUUCAAUGUGGCUGGAUAUUCACACAACAGGCCUCUAACAUGCAUCAUGUAUGCCAUAUUCCAGGAAAGAGACCUCCUAAAGACAUUCAAAAUCUCAUCUGACACAUUUGUAACCUACAUGAUGACUUUGGAAGACCAUUACCAUUCUGACGUGGCAUAUCAUAACAGCCUACAUGCUGCUGAUGUAGCCCAGUCAACCCAUGUUCUUCUUUCUACGCCAGCAUUAGAUGCCGUCUUCACAGAUUUGGAAAUUCUGGCCGCCAUUUUUGCAGCUGCUAUCCAUGAUGUCGAUCAUCCUGGCGUCUCCAAUCAGUUUCUCAUCAACACAAAUUCAGAACUUGCCUUGAUGUAUAAUGAUGAAUCUGUCUUGGAAAACCACCACCUUGCCGUGGGUUUCAAACUGCUGCAAGAAGAACACUGUGACAUCUUCCAGAAUCUCACCAAGAAGCAGCGUCAGACACUCAGGAAAAUGGUUAUUGACAUGGUGUUAGCAACGGAUAUGUCCAAGCAUAUGAGCCUGUUGGCAGACCUGAAGACAAUGGUAGAAACAAAGAAAGUUACAAGCUCAGGUGUUCUUCUCCUGGAUAACUAUACUGAUCGUAUACAGGUCCUUCGCAACAUGGUACACUGUGCAGACCUGAGCAACCCCACCAAAUCCCUGGAAUUGUAUCGGCAAUGGACAGACCGCAUCAUGGAGGAAUUUUUCCAGCAGGGAGACAAAGAGCGGGAGAGGGGAAUGGAGAUUAGCCCAAUGUGUGAUAAACACACAGCUUCUGUGGAAAAAUCCCAGGUUGGUUUCAUUGACUACAUUGUCCAUCCACUGUGGGAGACCUGGGCAGAUCUGGUACAGCCUGAUGCCCAGGACAUUCUGGAUACGUUAGAAGAUAACAGGAACUGGUAUCAGAGCAUGAUACCCCAGAGUCCCUCCCCACCACUGGACGAGCGAAACAGAGAUUGCCAGGGUCUGAUGGAGAAGUUUCAGUUUGAACUGACUCUUGAAGAAGAGGAUUCAGAAGGACAUGAAAAGGAGGGAGAGGGCCACAACUAUUUCAGUAGCACAAAGACACUUUGUGUGAUCCAUCCAGAAAAUAGGGAUUCCCUGGAAGAGACUGAUGUAGAGAUUGCGACAGAAGACAAGUCUCCAAUUGACACAUAAUCUCCCUCUCUGUGUGGAGAUGCACAUUCCACCCUUAACAAGCAUGCCAGCUGUGUGGUAGGGCCAGCCCGCCAUGGGGGCCAAGGCCUGCACCGGACAAGGGCCACCUGGCCUUCCCAGUUACUUGAGUUUGGAGCCAGAGUGAAAGACCGUGAAGCAAAUAGCAGCUCAGGAAAUUCCAUGGUUGACUUGCCUUGCUUGCAAGCUCUGUGGAGAGCUGAAGCUUUAUGUGGUACUGGACGCCAGUUCGGGUCGAGACUAAAUGGCUUGAAAAUGGAAGACACAAAACUGAGAGAUUUUUCUGCACUAAGUUUCGGGAAUCUGUCCCCUCUAGUGACUGAAUUUACUAAUAACUUCAUUUAUAAUCUGCUUACCUGUCCCCUUGUCUGCCAACCUGUGUGCCUUUUUUGUAAAACGUUUUCAUGUCUUUAAAAUGCCUGUUGAAUACCUAGGGUUUAGUAACAACUUCUACACAGAAUAAGCAUUUCAAAGUUGACAUAUGCUCUUUCGAUUCUUUCAGAAAAAAAAAGUGAAGAAAACUGUCUUCCUUCUUUCUUGGGCAAUAUCUUUCACUUUACUACAAUUACUUUUACAACUAGAAAGGAUACACUUCUAACCACAUUCUAUUUCCUUCUCCUCUUGUCCAGUCCAGCUCCACAAUUGUCCUGACAGCUUAUCUCUGCCUGCUUUAAACAGUAUUUUUUCUCCUCUGGAGUUUUGCUUUUUUGCUGUAAACAGAAUAAAGUUGAACAAACUAGGGGAUAGGAAAGGGUAGUUAUGUCGUUCAUAAUAACUUUGUGUAAAACUCAGCUUAAUUAGGCAGUGUGCACCAUCUUAAGUCCUCAGCCCCCUUUGCCUCUGGAGGCUGCACGCUCCCCUGUCCUGUUCUCUCACGCCUCUCUUCACCCACACAGCCAAUUAUGCUGGUUUUCAAUUUAACGCCGCCGUCUUUCUCUUGCACUGCCUUUUGCUCUAACAUCUCCAUUCCUGUUUAUAACAGUGUAUUUAUUACUUAAUGUAUAUAAUGUAAUGUUUUGUAAGUUAUUAAUUUAUAUAUCCUAACAUUGCCUGCCAAUGGUGGUGUUACAUUUGUGCAAAAAACUCUGCAUAAGAGUUGGGACUUUUCUUGUAACAUUUUGUAUCGUGUAUGAUAUAGCCUGUAAUCACUUAAGAGAGAUAAACCGGCCCCUUGCCAGUGAGGACAUUGGUGAGCUUUUAUCCAGAGGAUUCGCCCUUUGGUCCGUCUGAGUUGCUAAUACUGUGCAACCCCCUUGGGACAUGGUUUUGGAAACAGGAUUCUCACAUUAGAUACUAAAUGGUUUAUACUGAGCUUUUACUUUUGUAUAGUUUGAUAGGGGUAGGGGGCAAUGGAAUGUGGUUGUUACCCAAGUUCUAUCCAAAUCUGUGUAUACAUGAGUUGGUUAUAACAGGGUUUUACUGUAAUUGUGGUUUCAGCUUAGAAAGCAACACUACAUUGGAUCAAAGAUGGUCCCUUGGAGUAUUCCCAAACUACUGACUUUGAAGAGAAAGCCUCCUGCAGGUCAUUAAGCAGGAAUGUCAAGUUCCCAUUAAUUACAAAAGAAAAGAAUAAAACAAUGUGAAUUUUUUUUUUUUAAUAAAAUGUGAACUGAUGUAGUCAAUUAUGCCAAUGUGAAGCUUCUUCUGAUAACACUUGUUAGGCCUCUUACUGGCGUCAGUCUGUUUGUAAAAUAUGUUUCAUGCUUUCAGUUCAACCUUGUGACUCAAUAGUUAAAGAAAACAGCACAAACGUGCAUGACCAAUGGGUUUCUGUGUCUAUGGAACACUGCAUUGUUUCAGGUGGACAUUUUAUCGUCUCCAAAAGUUUCUCACAAUGUAUGUUAUAGUAUUAUUAUGAUAUAUUGUGCUCCAGUGCAUUCUUAAGAGACUUUUAUAUGAGGUGAAUAAACAAAAGCAUGAUUAGAUUAGA